AUGAAAGUUUUAGUUCUCGGAGCAACUGGUUUUGUUGGGUCAAGCGUAGCUGAUGCCUUAGUAAGAGCCGGCCAUCAAGUUUUAGGCCAAACCAGAAGUGCAUCAAAGUGGGCCAACACAUUGAAAAUUCGUGAAAUCGAAGUAUUGGAAAGUGACCCAUUUGCUGACGAUAAAUGGACUUCUGUGCUUAGUUCUGUUGACGUCGUUGUCGACUGUCUCGGUGGUAGUGCUCCAAUUGAUAAAGAAAAUAUUAAUCUUAUAAAAAAAGCUGAGCAGGCUCAAAGGCAUCCAACUGCUAGUAAAUUAGUCUAUGUUUGGACCUCGGGUGUUUGGUUACAUGGAGAUGACCGGUGGGAAAUUGUUACUGAUGGAACUGAAGCUACCCGAGUACCUAGCAAAGUUGCUUGGCGUCCGGAGGUUGAGAAUAUUCUUGUUUCCAGCAGGGCAAUUGACGGUAUUGUAAUUCGCCCAGGACUAGUUUAUGGAAGAAGCGGAAGCGUCCCUGGAAUGCUUUUCAACCAAGCUGCUUCUGAAAAAAAGAUUGAGUGGCCAGGUAGCCCGGGAGGACGCUACGCUACUGUCCAUGUCGAUGAUCUUGGUGAGUUAUAUCUUCUUGCAGUUGAGAAGCACCCAUUAGUAAAACAUCUUAAACUCGAAGGUAGCAAUUUUGCAACUGAAAGUGUGGAUCUCCUUUUAUCUCGGGUUGCUGAGCUUGCAGGUCUUGACAGUUAUAGCUAUAAGACCCCAUCAUCUCCUUUUGAAGUUGCAUUGUCUGGAACUAGCGUUGUUCGAGGAACUUUGGCUCGUUCAAUACUUGGAUGGCAACCGCUUAAGCCAUCACUUAUUGAUGGCUUACCUGUGUAUUAUCGUUCAUCUCUUGCGAAUACGCAAAAUUGA